ACCAUCAUUUGCUAGCCACCAAUUCUUAUACUUAACCUUUCACCGGGCUUUGCCCAACAACACUACUAAAGGCCGAAAAGAUACACCCCCCACAUAACUAUACUAUUAGUAAUGCUUUAAUUUCCAAACAAGUAAUACUCUACUUCCUCCCUCCAUCUUCACUUUAAUUUCCAAACAAGUAAUACUCUACUCCCUCCCUCCAUCUUCACUCUAAUACUUUCCUUUCUGUCGGCACCAUGAAACCAAACCUUCAAUUCACUCUCAAUAAUCUUCUUUUACUUAUAAUCUCUAGUUUCGAUCUACACACACAUCAUAUACAUUCAUUAUAUUCAACAAAAUUAAAGAUGCAAGGAUCAGCUAGUACUAGUAGUAGCGCAACGAUCGAUCAUGUCACAGUAGAAAUCAUUCCAGAGGAGACUCUCAAUCUCCUCUCCUCGAUCAACUCCAAAAUGGAGUCCCUCUCCAUCUCCAAUUGCAUCUGCAGACUCCCCCAACACGUUUCCAAAGGCAACGAACACAACUACUUCCCUAAACGCGUCUCGAUCGGCCCCUUCCACCGCGGAAACGCCGCCCUGAGAGCCAUGGAGGUCCAGAAAUGGCGGUACCUCAACGCCCUGCUCAGCCGCGGCGGACAGGACACGGAAUCCGCCUUGGACGCCUGCAUCGAGCGAUUGCGGCGGUUAGAAUCGCGAGCCAGGAAAUGCUACGGCGGCGGCGGAGAAGGGAGGAUGAUCGGCCUGGGGAGAGACGAGUUCGUGGAGAUGAUGUUGCUCGACGGUUGCUUCAUCAUCGAGCUCCUCCUCAGGUUCGCGUUCCGAGGAAUCCGCCGGAAAGACGAUCCGUGUUUCAGCUCGCGGGAGGCGUUCUCCGGCGUCAGGAGCGAUUUGAUUUUGGCUGAGAAUCAAAUUCCGUUUUUUGUUGUUGAGCAUUUGUAUAAGGUGGUUCCUCUUCCCAAAGACUGCUCCUCUUUCUCGCUCGCUCAUCUCUUCCUGUUAUUCGUCAGGAAGUUGAUCGACCGGCCGCCGGAAGGAUCAUUGCCGGCGACUCAGGAUCAGAAAUUUGGACCGUUUGUGUAUCAUUUACUUGAUCUCGUUCGCCAUUGUUACUUGCCUGCAACUCCUCCAUUGCAAUCAACUGCAACUGGAGAGCAGAAGAAUCUCUAUUCUGCAACUCAACUUCAAGCUGCAGGCAUCAAAUUCAGGAAGAAGGCAUUAUCAUCUACUGAUCAAAGCAUACUGGAUAUAACCUAUGACGACAGAGGCGUCUUGGCCAUCCCACCAAUAAAAGUUGAGAACCACACAGAAACCUUGUUCAGAAACAUCAUUGCACUAGAGGAGUAUACGCCUCAUCAGACGACCAACCACUACGUUGCAUCCUAUGUUUACCUCAUGAAAUGUCUGAUACGAUGUAAAGAAGAUGUGAGCUUUCUUCGCAGAAAGGGAAUAUUAAUUGUGAGUGGUACUAUGGGGAAUGAUGAAGAGAUUGUUGGUGUGUUUGACAGCCUGCAUGUGAAGAUUAAUGGUGAGGAUGAGGAGUUUUACUACAGGGGGCUGUGUGAGAAAGUGAACAGGUUUAGUAAUGUGGGAAUGGAGAAGAAGGAGAAGAAGAAGAAGAAGAAAGAGGUUUUGUGGCAGAAAAUGGGUGAUGUGUAUCACAGAACGCCUUGGGGUGCUGCAGUUUUUGUGGUUGCAAUUCUAGCUCUUGUUUCUUCUCUUUCUGCUGCUUUGUUUUUUGCAAUCACAUUUUUGUUUCACCAUGCUUAAUUUCUUAAAUUGGGGUGAAAUAUUGUUCAUUUGAUCAACUGUUUGAGAAAGUAGGCAGAUUCCUUUGUGUACACCAGCAUUUGGUUCUGUCUGCUGCCGAGUCAUUUUACAUCCUUCCAAACCCUCUAUCAAGUCGGAAUGUGAAGGAUCUUAGGAUUGGGGAUUCAAUCUUUUAGGGAAGAAGCAGGAAGUUGGUAGGCAUGUUGGAAUGUCUCUCAAUUUUUAAUUUGU